AAAUAGGAGGGGCUUAGGAAGUAUGAACUUGAGUAUGAUUUGGCUGCAGGAAGCAUUAACAAGGGCAACGACUCCAAACAGGAUCCCUCCUUUAGAACGAGUUUCUUUAUAAAUUCUCAGAUUGGGACUUUUCCGGAACGCGCUACACUUUUGGAUGGUUUGUCCUUUACGCGCGAGGGUUGUCUUGUUGUUCAGCCCGAGUCCGCGUUGUUUUUACUCCCUGCGCUGUGCGUAAUUUCGCGUCUGGGCUCGAGGAAGAGGGCGACAGCGCAGCCACACGAGGACGCGGAAUCCGCUCGGAAGUAACACUGGAAAAUGAAAACCGUGCUGGGUUUGUGCUUGGUCUUCCUGGCAGCGCGCGCUCCCGGCGUGCUGUCCCUGUCCACACAUGUACCAAUCAUCCACCCCCAGGACCCCGUCCUUCGAAUUGGCUCCAACUUGACGGCCAGCUGCUGGGUCCACCCGGACCUGGGCAUCCACGCCAGCUCGCUGUACUGGACCCUGAACGGACAGCAGCUGCCCAGCUCCCUCUACAGAGUCCUGAGCCCGACCAACCUCAGCGUGACGCUGGCCGCGCUCAGUGCCUCCAGGCAAACAUCUGGAGAUAACCUCGUCUGCCAUAACCACAAGGGACACAUACUGGCUGGCUCCUGUCUUUAUGUGGGCAUGCCUCCAGAAAAGCCAGUCAACCUCACCUGUUGGUCCAAGAACACCAAAGACCUGACCUGCAGCUGGGCUCCUGGAGGAAGAGGAGAGACUAAUAUCAGCACAAAAUACAAACUGAAGUACAAACUCAGAUGGUACGGCACAGAGAAGGAGUGCAAGGACAACACCCACACGCUGCCGUACUCCUGCAGCAUCACCCAGGACCUCCACCUCUUCACGCCAUACGAGAUCUGGGUGGAGGCCUCCAACCAGCUGGGCAAGGCGAAGUCUGAUGUCAUCACAGUUGACAUCCUAGAAGUAGUAACCACAGACCCUCCGUCAGGUGUGAUGGUCAGCCGGGUCGGACAGUUGGAGGACCAACUUAGCGUCCGCUGGGAGGCCCCACCCGCUCUUAAAGACUUCCUGUUUCGAGCCAAGUACCAGAUCCGCUACAGGCUGGAGGAAAACCAGGAGUGGAAGGUGAUGGAUGAUGUUGGAAAUCAGACAUCCUGCAGACUGGCCGGACUCAGACCUGGAACGGUGUAUUUUGUUCAGGUCCGGUGUAACCCUGUGGGCAUCUACGGCUCUCGCAAAGCUGGGAUAUGGAGCGAGUGGACCCACCCGACAGCUGCUUCCACACCCCACAGUGAGCGACUGAUGUCGGGCUCCUGUGACUCCAAGUCCAGUGGGGAUUCGAACUCCACCCUGCGGCGGGAGCUGAAGCAGUUCUUCGGCUGGGUGCGGAAGCACGCCUACGGCUGCAGCAGCAUGUCCAUGAAGCUGUACGACCAAUGGAGGGUGCUGAUGCAGAAGUCCCACAAAACUCGCAACCAGGUUCUCCAAGGGGAUAAAUCAUAGCACACACUGGCGUCAGAAGCAGAAAUUAGUGAAUGCAGUGGGUGUUUUUUCUGUAUGUGUGACAGAGAGACGACGCUCGCAUAUUGGAAUUAUAAAGACAUUUUGUACCGGCCACCUUCAUCGGGAAGAGGAGAUGCCGUCAGUCUGAGCACAUGACCACCAGUGCUGCGUUUGCUUCACGCCAUUGUUGGACCCCAGUAAAAACAUUUGAGGUUAUUUGAUCGAAAGGACCACAGAGGUGAUCCAAACACUCACGUUUGCCUCAACAUCUGACGUUUCAAGUGCUCUUCCUGUGGAUCCUAAGCACCAUCUAGUGGCUGAUCUUCACCCGUGGAUCCUCCACCUCCUCACCUCGAUGCAAAGAGAAACAGUAUUUCUGAUUAUCGCUUUGUUAUAUAAUGUGCCAAACUUUUUCACCCAGGAUCCAUGUAUUUCUGAGUGACCGUAUGUGACUGAUGACGAUUCGCUGCCUUUAUUUUUGUACUUAUUAAUAUGGGCAUAUUUAAAGUAUAAAAUUAUGUUUUAUAAUUCUUAAAUUAUAUUUAGUUACUAAAGACUAUACAAUGACUGAAGUUGUUAUUAAUCUCUCAUGAUGUUCCAUAAAAAUGCUGCCAGAAACUCUGAGUGUGAAAAUGAGAGUGGAUUGAUUGAAAGGCACAUUCAGGAAGCAUUUUAGGUAGGAUAACAAUUCAAAUCAGGUGACAAUGAAGGGGAAAAAAGAGAAAUAUAGCCUGAAAGUUUUUU